AUGGCAUUAUGUGCUCGCAUUUUAUUUUAUCUGAAAGAAUAAAAGAAGCCGGGUUAUCCUUUAACAAUUCUUUGCUUAAUAAGAAUUUUAGCAUAACUAACUUUGAAUUAUUUUUGUAAACCGUAAAUUUUAUCAGUCAUCAUAAACUUACACUUAAUUCACACAUUAUUUUAAGAAUAAUUGGUAGGUAAUUCCAAAUUAGCCAAUUUGCCAUCUUUAUACGCUAUAGGAAAUGUGUUUUUUGAAUAACAAUUUUCCAAUUAUUUUAUCAAUGUUGGAAUAGGAUUAACUUGUUUAUCAAUAAUCUUCUCAUUUCGCUAUAGUAAUAAUUCUCACUAAAAAAUUGAAAAGAGUACUGAAAAGAUAUAAAAGGAUUUUGAUAUUUGCAUAUCAGCUUUGCCUUAGAAAGAAUUUGAUGCUUAUAAAUCAGAUGAUUUAAAUGUUUCUAACUGUAAAAGUCCUGUUUAUGGAGGGUUUUCACCUUUGAAAGAACUAUCGAAAUCGAUGGACUCUGUAUUAUUAGAUGAAUAUGCUUGGAUUAAGGGACAGCAAUUUAUUGUUCUAGACGAUUCAGACAAUGUUAUAAUCCAAACAUUUAAUGUAGCUGAUUUUUCUAGAAACUCAUUUAGUAAUUCAAUGGAUAAUGAGAGUGUGGCUUCAAUUUUGAAUUUAGCGAUAGUGUAGGGCAAUAGAGACUUUUAAGAUUUGAUUGCAAGCAGUGGAACAAUUAAUCAGAGUAGGUUUACAUUAAAAGAUUUAGUAAAUAAAUUAGUUGGAGAUUAUGAACUUUAUAAGAAUAAUAUGUUUAUUAUAAAUAAAGUGGAUGCAACAUGGAUGAAUGACUGGAUGAUCAAGAUAUUUUUGGUAGGCAAGAAUAAGAAAACAUUUGUAUUUAUUUAAAUUGAAUAGAGGGAAGUAGUGUAUCAACCUUCAUUUCAAGCAUUCUCUUAAUUCACCACUUACAUAACUCCAAGUUUGAAUUCUAUAAUGACAAUCUCAGUGUUGGCUGAAUCAGAUCCUUAGAUAAGUGAUUAUAUACUAGAGAAGUAUAUGUAUCCAAUUAGAGUUUCAAGUGUAAUCGUAUAUUUGUAAUUGGCAAAUAUGAGAGAUUUCAACCUUCAUAAUUAAAAAAAACUGCUAUUGAAAAUAGGGACGGUGGAUAUCCAAUCUAUUUGUGAAGAUCUAAUGAUUAUGGUGCAAGAUUCCUCUAAAGCUAAAGGGAUUGAUAUCAAAUUAGAACAUGAAUAAACUGACAAUAUCAUAGAAACAGAUGCAGAAAGAUUAAAACAAUUGAUGUUACCAUUGAUCAAAUUUUGUAUCAAACAAAGUAAAGAUGAAAGUAUCACAAUAUCUUGGAAGAUGUUCUCCACUAAGAAUUAUCAAGUUAUAAUGCAUACUCCCAUAAACAUAGAUGAAAAAGAUUUAAGAAUAAUAAGAUUAAACUUAAAGAAACCAAAUCUAUAGUUUUCAGAAUUCAGUAUCUGCCACAUACUUGCUUAAUAUUUAUCAGGGUCACUGAAAAAAGGAUUGGAAAUUGCAUAAGUGGAACCAUAUGGAACAGCAUUCAAAUUUACAUUAUAAUCAUUCAAUGUUAAUAAUGAGGAGAUGAAAGCAAUACGAUUGAUUGGAUAAUAUCACUAUCAAGAGACUUCAUUAAGUCAAUUAUUGGCAUAGCAAGACACAUCCAAAUAAAAUGAGAAAACCUAAACUUUAUUCAGGGAAGAAUCUAAUAAGGUUUCAAUGGAUCACUCUCUUCAUUUUUCUCAAUCUAGAAUUUCGAAAUAAUUUAGUUAAAAGUACUCAGAAUACUAGAGUAACUAUGUUUCCCAAAUAUCUAAGGUGAAGGCUGAUUCGGUUAACAUUCCUAAUUCUAAAUAGAAAGAUUCUCAUUCCUUUGAACAGAUAUCCAACAUCUUUUAUUAGGAUGAAGAAACCAAACAUUAGAAAAGAGUUAAUUAUUAGACCACGCCUUCAUAAACCAAAUAUCAAUUACCCCAUUUCCCAGAGGCUACUAUUAAUAAUAGUCUUGGCAACAGUGGAAACGGAAAUAAUAGUGGAGGAAAUGUAAACACUCUGUUAAAUGAUGCUAGAGAAAGAGAGUAAACCUUUUUGAGUCAACCCUAAUUAACUGAAUUAAAAUAAUAGCCUACAUCAUCCAAUCUUUUCUUGGAUUUUGGCACUGACACUCUUUCUCCUAUACAAAUACCAGUUUCUGUAGCAGCAAAAAUGCAGGGAGAGAUCAUUAAGUUUUCAACUACAGGGAGAUGUUGUUCCAGGGUGUUGAUUGCAGAUUGUGAAUUUCAGAAUAUAUAAAUACUGGAAAUGAUUUUAUCCAGAUUCAAAGUCAAUUCUUCACGAGCUUUUAGUACUGAGGAAGUAAUCAAAUUAUUAGAAACAAAAAAAAAGUGUAAAUGUGGUAAUAUUGGGUUUGUUUUGUAUUUUAUUAAUGUUGAUUUACCAAAAAGAGGAGGCUUAUGGCUAAGUAGGUAUAUAAAAGAGAAAAUGACAUAGAAGGGAUAUAUAAUAGGAACUACGGGUCUUGUUGAAUAUUAUUCGAAAAUUGAGUACUAUCGUAAUGGAAUAGAUCAGUAUAUAAGUUUACCUUUUGACUUGGCCGAAGUAAGUAAGAUUUUAUAAAUAUCUCAAAAUUCUUGA